UGUUAACACCGUGUCCCGUCGAUUAAAACAGUUAAAGCAAGAAUAAAUAACACCACAGAGACGCGGAAUGGAACAAAACCAACAUCUCCUAUAACUCCAACUACACCUCCAGAAUGUUAGGUAAUACUACUCCCAUCUAUCAGCAAAUGUUUCAAUGAGAACAUCUCAAGAAAGGUGUUGCAAGAGCAUCCGGGAACAGAAAAUGGCAAGGACCCAAACUCGUUAGCUACAUGUAGACCAGAACACAUCAACAAACAUGGCUGCUGAAACAACAGAUUCAACUCGGGUGAAAAGAAAUGAUGUUUCAAAUUCCACCAGCAUGAACCAAACUUCGGAAUACAUGUCUGGAACUACACUUUCGGAGCAGCCGGAUUUCUCCUCCUAUAAUACUACACCAAUAAUCAACACUACGUCCGGAUUGUUUAAUACCACAAGCAACACUACUUCUGGGGUUUCGGAACCCACUGCUAGUGUAUCUUCGUGGGUGCCUCGAGAGCCUAGCAUUGAUCUUCAGGUGAUCAUACCUCUUUGUGUGGCCACCGGAAUUGUUUCUUUUAUUAUCAUUGGUCUCUGCUGCUUCAUGAAGAUAAACGAUUUGAUGCCGAGUUUCAGCCGUAGUAAAAGACGUUCUAUGAAUGUAAGAAGAAGACCAACUCCAACAUCACAACCCAGACAAGAGGCUCCUGGUGACACAGUCUUACUGCACAAACGGCACUCAGUAUCAGCACCCAAUCUAUGCAUGGUCCCAUCCCACUCCUACCCAGCCUUUAUCACCACAAACCAGAGAGUAAUACAAAUCCGACCUCCAGCCGAACGUGUCCCGAACACCACCGCACACUCAGACGAUGACAUUCAUGCAGACAUUCGAUUGACCCAGAAUAAGACAUUUACUCAGAAGGGUCAAGUAGACGCUUACAUGCUUGGACAAGAACUCAACAUGGUGCCAACCAAACCAAACUCGAUUGCGAGCAAAAUAUCGAACCCUCAUCUCUAUCAGAGUGUUAAGGCGGCUCAGAACAUGAAGUCCUCUGAUCAUGGGCAAUUUGCUUCGAUUGGUAAACGGCGCUUAGCGCAGGCAAGAGUAGGUCAGGUACAGUUGACCCAACUGUGGAAUCAAAAUUAAGUGUUUUCAGAUUGAAUUCAUAAGAAAAUAGAUUUAGCUGUUGCAAACAACUUAUCAACCAAAAGAACCGAUGGUAUAAAGCUUUUAAAAAAAUAGUUGAUGGCCUGACGUUUCGAUCCUAUCAAUGUCUCGAAGGAUAAAUAUCCCUUCGAAAAAGCUUUCGAGAAAAACUGUGUUGGGUUGAAACGUCAAGCCAUUGUCUAUUUUUUGCAGAUUGAAUUUAGGCAUGAAAGUAUAGCUUAAGUACAACACAAACUUGCCUAUGCUCCCAUUCACUCUCGGUGGUUAGAACAAAACGCUCUAAUCUGUACAUAGGUAAAUCAUACUGCAUAGUUCCAUAUCACAACAGGUGGAAUGCCGAAUAAAGGCACUGGACACUAUUGGUAGCUACUACAAUAAUUGUUUGUUUAGCAUAGUAACGAGC